AUGCAGUCUCAACUGGUUCAACCAACAAUUGAUACAUUAAAAAAAAUCAUCGAUACCAAUAAUUCAUUGUCUGAUAGUCCAAAUGUUUAUCCAGUUUAUAAAUAUGUUCCACAUAAUGAUAUAACUAUUCAUCAAGCAUAUUUGAAAUUAUCUAAAUUGAAUGAUCCAAAAAGAACAGAAUCUUUUCUUUUCGAAUCUUCAAUUAAAGGUGAUACUGUUGAUAGAUAUUCAUUUAUUGGUAUUAAACCUACUAAAAUUAUUAAAACUGGAGAUGAUGAAAAUAAAUAUCCAAAAGGUUUUUGUAAUGUUGAUCCAAUCACUGUUUUAGAAAAAGAAUUAUUGAAUUAUAAACAAGCUGAAUUACCUGGAUUACCUAAAUUUAGUGGUGGAGCAACUGGAUAUAUUUCUUAUGAUUGUAUAAAAUAUUUUGAACCAAAAACUAAAAGACCAAUGAAAGAUGUUUUAGGUUUACCCGAAGCUGUAUUGAUGUUUUGUGAUUUGGUUAUUGCAUUUGAUCAUGUAUUUCAAAGAUUUCAAAUUAUUUAUAAUAUUAAAAUAGAUGAAGAUAAUGGAAGUUUAGAAGAAUUAUAUAAUCAAGCAACUGCUAAAAUUGAUGAAGUUGAAAAAAUUUUAUUAACUGAAGUAUCAAAUGAAGAAAUUGCUCCAAAACAAGGUCCAAUUAAAUUAGGUCAAAAUUUCACUUCAAAUAUUGGUCAAGAAGGUUAUGAACAGCAUGUUACAACUUUGAAAAAACAUAUCUUGAAAGGUGACAUUAUUCAAGCUGUUCCUUCUCAAAGAAUUGCUCGUCCUACUUCAUUACAUCCAUUCAAUAUUUAUAGACAUUUAAGAACAGUUAAUCCAUCCCCAUAUUUGUUUUACAUUGAUUUAUUAGAUUUCCAAAUCAUUGGUGCUUCACCAGAAUUAUUAGUUCAAUCUGAUGCUAAAGGCAGAAUCGUGACUCAUCCAAUUGCAGGAACUAUGCCACGUGGUAAAACCAAUGAAGAAGAUGAAAAAAAUGCUGAAAUUUUAAGAGCUAGUUUGAAAGAUAGAGCUGAACAUAUUAUGCUUGUUGAUUUGGCACGUAAUGAUGUUAAUAGAGUUUGUCAACCAACUACUAAUUCAGUUGAUAAAUUAUUAACAAUUCAAAGAUUUUCCCAUGUUAUGCAUUUAGUUUCUGAAGUGAGUGGUACUUUACGUGAAGACCAAACUAGGUUUGAUGCAUUUAGAUCUAUUUUCCCUGCUGGUACUGUUAGUGGGGCUCCUAAAGUUAAAGCCAUGGAAUUAAUUGCCGAACUAGAAAAAGAAAAAAGAGGUGUUUAUGCUGGUGCCGUUGGACAUUGGGGUUAUGAUGGUAAAACUAUGGAUACUUGUAUUGCAUUAAGAACCAUGGUUUAUAAAGAUGGUAUUGCUUAUUUGCAAGCUGGUGGUGGUAUUGUUUAUGACAGUAAUGAGUAUGAUGAAUAUGUUGAAACUUUGAACAAGAUGAAAGCUAACAACAAUACAAUCGUUGAAGCCGAAAAAAUCUGGGCUGACAAAGUUGGAUCAACUGAAGUUUAA